AUGACAGACGCACACGUUCCAACCAAACAAGACCAAGAUCUUUCAAUUGAUCCAGCUUUGAAGAAGAAGAAAAAGAAAGCUGUAAAUUUUGAUGAUUUAGACGCUCAGGCUGGACAAGCAGACACCCCAGAAGGUGCAGAAGAAUCAGAUUUAUUCUCUGGAUUAAAAAAGAAAUCUAAAAAGAAGUCUGAUAAGAGUGAAAAGGGUGAGAUAUCUGAGAAAUCUGAGCAGCCAGAGCAUUCCCCAGUUCAAGAAGAAGAUCAACCAGAUGAAUUCUCAGACUUGAAAAAGAAAAAGAAGAGCAGCAGCAAGAAGAAAGCUUUUGAUUUGGAUGCUUUCGAUAAGGAAUUAGACCAAGGAAGCUCUUCAAAUGCCCAGAUCCAAGGUGAGAGUGGUGAAACAGCUGGUGAUACCGCUGGAAAUGGUUUAGACCCACUCUCAGAAUCAUCAAAUGACAAUGGUGAACCUUGGUUGGGUACUGAAAGAGACUACACGUACAAAGAACUCCUUUCACGUACUUUUAAACUUCUUCACUCUCAAAACCCAGCCUUAGUCACCGGUGCAAAGAGAUACACCAUUGCACCACCUCAGGUUGUUAAAGAUGGUAAUAAGAAGACAGCAUUUGCUAACAUAGCAGAUAUCUGUAAAAAGAUGCACAGACAACCAGAACAUUUGAUACAAUUCCUAUUUGCGGAGUUGGGUACAUCUGGUUCCGUCGAUGGAUCACAAAGAUUGGUUAUUAGAGGUAGAUUUCAACAGAAGCAGAUUGAGAAUGUGCUAAGAAGAUAUAUCAUUGAAUAUGUCACUUGCAAGACAUGCAAAUCACCAGAAACUAACCUAACAAAGGAGAAUAGACUCUACUUCAUGACAUGUGAGUCUUGUGGAUCGCGUAGAUCAGUUGCAGCAAUCAAAUCAGGAUUCCAAGCGCAAAUUGGAAAGAGAAGGGCACAAGUAAAGUAG